CACGUGAAGCAUAUAUUUUCGAAAAUUGUAGCGUUUAAUUUUCUGAAACAAAGGAAACAUUUGUGUGGCUUUAAUCUAUUUCAAGCUUAUCAGAUACAAGUUUAUUUCUUUAAACAUAAUGAUAAUCAAUACACGUUAAAUCACAAACUGCAUUUAAAUACUGGUAUGUUAUCUGAUCUGCGUAACACUUUAUUUUGUUCAUUAUUUUCAGAAAAUAGAUCAAGGAAAUCAACAUUGAAAGAAAAGGAAUAUUUGAAAAGUGUUCUCUUGUUUUUCUAUACUUAUUAACGUUUUUUGCAAGACAAUUAUAUUUUUAAAAAAGAAAAGAAGAUAAAACAAGAAAUGGAUUUUCUACUAGUGAUGUUGACUUUCUAACGUGAUUUUAUUGGCAAUGGCAACAUAUGUUGGACGUAUGAGAGAUUGUACGGUUGAAAAUCAACAAAAGGAAGAUUUUAUUUGUUCAAUAUGUUUAAAUAGGUUUGAGAACCCAAGGAGUCUACCAUGCUCACAUUCAUUUUGUCAUAAAUGCUUAAUUCAGUGUUUAGAGAAAAAUAAAAGCAAUCAACGAUUCUAUUGUCCUUUCUGUAGAACUGAAGCAAAAGUGUACAAACGAUUAAAUGCAGAAGAAAUGGUAGAGCAAUUUCCAAUGGAUUUUGACUUGAUAGAAAAGAUGUUAACUGCUACAGCUAAGUCGUCUGACGAGGAGUCUACAUCGAACUAUUGCAAACCAUGUUUACGGGACAAAAUGUAUGAACAAGCAUCUGUAUACUGUUGUGAAUGUAGUGAAAUACUCUGUAGCGACUGCAAGAAACAUCAUUCCAAAAAUAAGCUGACAACUACACACACAGUUGUUGACAUGAAUGGUGAUCUGGCCGAAACCAGAAAAUUAAACUAUGUGAAGAACUUAACAAAAUGCAGUAACCAUCAUUUGGAGGAAGUGAAAUAUAUAUGCAAAGAUCACGAUCAGCUAUGUUGCAACGAAUGCGCUAUCCUGACACACAGAAAAUGCCAAACUUUACAAUCAAUAAGCGACUGUAUUGCUUCCGGUUUUGAAAAUCGUCUUCUGGAAAAUAUGGAAACCAUGGAAAAACAUGUCGUUAAUAUGAAACUUCACGAAGAAAAACACAGAAAGAGAGUGUGCGAAUCUGAGACUUUGAUUAAAGAUCAACUGUUAUGUAUAAAAGAAGAAUUUGAUUAUGCCUUCCGUGACUUUGAAGAGAGUGUCUUAAUGCAAGUACGAUCAAACUGCCUAGGUUUGAAAAAAUCCAUUUCUUCACAACAAAUGCGUAUUGAUAGUUUUGAAGGAGAUAUCAAACGUUCCAAAGAAAAAAUAUCAUCAGUUGAGCAAUAUGGUCAAGAUUUGCAUGUUUAUCUUAUGGAAAGAGCCAUGGAGAAGGAGAUGAAACAAAAGGAGCAGAUAUUACAAAGUUUGCACGAAAGUUCUAAUCGUUUAGAAGUAUCGUUGGCUGGCAAAGAAACUAUAUCUCAAAAGUUAAUCACAACUUUGAAACAAAAUCUGUCAAUAAAAAAGAUCGUUCAGUCUGAACUGCCAGAUUUUCCCUUCAAAAGGUGUAAUGGAAGCAAAUUUCAAACAAGUGCCGGGUUUCGCGGGCAUGGUAACAUAAAAAAAGAUUAUUGGGGAGGAUAUAAUGAUUUCGUUCCAAGAAAUCAAGACAUCGAAACUGACACAAGAUUUAUAACCGACGAAAUGGUAGAGCAAUUUCAAGUAAAUUUUGAUUUGAUACAAAAGACGGAUACAGAUAAGUCGUCCGAUGAUGAAUCUACAUCCAACUAUUGCAAACCAUGUUUACGGGACAAAAUGUAUGAACAAGCAUCUGUAUACUGUUGUGAAUGUAGUGAAAUACUCUGUAGCGACUGCAAGAAACAUCAUUCCAAAAAUAAACUGACAACUACACACACAGUUGUUGACAUAAAGGCUGAUCCGGCCGAAAGCAGAAACUUGAACUAUGUGAAAAACUUAUCAAAAUGCAGUAACCAUCAGUUGGAGGAAGUGAAAUACAUUUGUAAAGACCAUGAUCAACUAUGUUGCAACGAAUGCGCUAUCCUGACACACAGAAAAUGCCAAACUUUACAAUCAAUAAGCGACUGUAUUGCUUCCGGUUUUGAAAAUCGUCUUCUGGAAAAUAUGGAAACCAUGGAAAAACAUGUCGAAAAUAUGAAACUUCAAGAGGAAAAACACAGAAAGAGAGCGUACGAAUCUGAGACUUUGAUUAAAGAUCAACUGUCACGUAUUAAGACACAGUUUGAUAAUGCCUUUAUUGAUUUCGAAAAGAAAAUCCUUAAGGAAGUUAGAACAAAAUGCACCAGUUUGAGAAAUUCCAUUUCUUCACAACAAUCUCGAAUAGACAGUUUUGAAGCCGAUUUAAAACGUUCAAAAGAAAAGAUAACAUCAGUUGAACAAUAUGGUCAGGAUUUACAUGCUUUUCUUAUGAAAAGAGCCAUGGAGAGGGAGAUGAAACAGAACGAGCAGACAUUACAAAGAUUGCACCAAAGCUCAAAUUGUGUAGAAGUAUCAAUGAGUGGUAAAGAAUCUGUAUCAAAAAAUUUGACGCGUUUUUUAUUAAAAAAUCUUUCAGUAACAGAGAACUUUACGUCUGGACUACCAAAUUUUCCGGACUUCAGACAUAAUCGAAAUGAAUAUCCAACCUCUGCAAGACAUGGCAGGGCAAAAAGGAAAAGUAUGUUCGAUUUGUUGAAAAGGAAAUAUUGAACAAACGCUCAUAGAAUCACGCAGUAAACUACCCAGUGUUACUAUUUACUUACAUCAAUUGGAGAUCUAACGCCGGCAGAUUUACUAAUUGAAAGUAAUUCAUAUGACAUAUCUACAAUUAAUUUUGUAAAUAAUUAAAACAUGAGAUGUGAAAAAUAAUUAUAUUCCAUCAUAUGACUGUUCCAAGAAAAGAUGUAUAAUUAAUAUAAAAGGGGCCCUGUGGCAACAUGUACGUCAUUCUGAGAAGAAAUAAUUAUGUAACUUUUACGGUAAUCUUCGAACCCGAUUACUGCUUCAAAAUUGUAAAAUAAGCCAAAAUAAAUGAUUUACUAACAAUUGUGGCGUACUGACAAUCACAAGUAGACUUAAUCUAUUGAACUGAAAACAAAUGAACGGAGUUUCUCCAGACCAUUCUUGAAUCAUAUGAAAGUCUUGCUCCAAAAAGUAAAAAUCUUUACCAAAGGAAGUCUAUGAUAUAGACAUAAACGUUAUGAAAGGUUGUGAUUUUGAUCUUCAUCAAAUGGUAAAUGAUUGUUAAUUAUUUUACUUUUGCAAUUACUGCCGAUUUUGGUAAGAUAUGUCCUCGAUAUAGACGUAUGGUGCUAUAAUUAGACUGUGGAAUAGAUUUGUAUAUAUGAGAAAAGAUAAACUUUCUAAAAACUUGUUUAUACUAUAGUAUAUUAUUAAAAUCCUGUGAGAUAAAUAGACGUUAAGUGAUUCUAUAACAAGUAGUAAUCUAUUUUAAAAGAUUAUGAUUAUUAUAGUGAUUGACCCGUAAUUGAUAUGGAUUUUUGUAUCAGAGACUUUGGUGUACAUGUAUUAAAAAUGUUAACGAACGUCGCGUUCUUUGAGCUGCCCCGCUGUGGCGUUUAUAUUGUUACUGUUGGCGGUCUGAGACGGUACUGAAGGAUGCCAUUAAAUAACAUUUUGCAACAAAAUAGUUGAAACACCAAACUUUGUGUAGGUAUAAUUCAAUGAAGAAAACAUGAAACUUAUCAGAAUUAUAAAUUCGUUACGGGUAAUUCUGGACCAUCCCUUGUAGAUACAGGUACAAAUAUAUAAUAGAUAUAUGAUACUAUAUAUCUGAGGGAACCUGAUGUGCUUAUUC